AACCAGAAGCUCGAACACAUCAGAACAAAUCUCCACCUCUCUUAAACCUUCACAUUUCCACAUAUUUACACUUUCCCUUGUAAUCCUGCAUCCAAUCCCAACAUGUCCGGCCUUGGAGAAAAUAAAGAUGGCGAUGAGAAAGCAUGUCUGAAGCACAAAAACGGCUGCUGUUUAUGAAAAUUUACAACUUUGCCUUGGAAGUUUACGACGCGCCUGGCUCGGGGAUUGGUCGCUGGCGGUCAUGUGGACAGCAGAAUGGGAACUUAUUUCCCAUGAGGUUAUAUUGCAGCUGCUGUUUUCCACCGCUCAUUCACUUAACACUAGUAACACAACCUUUUUCUUGGCUCUUUGUUUAUGCUACACGCGUACGCAGUUUUGUUGUGAGACGUGCGUAUUUUUACCAAAAAUUGACGGAAGGAGCUAUGUGCGCCAUGUUAAUGUGGCUGUAGCCUAUACUUGUGUAGCUACAGUAUAUGGUCGGGGGGAAAUGAGGGAUCAUCACAGCCCUGGAUGGUGGGAUUAUUUCCAUGAAAUCACUUGAACAAAGUAGGGGAUUCGUGGGGGAAAAUACUUGAGAGGAGGAGAGAGGAGUUUUGCGCGGAGUGGCAGCCACACUGGAAAUGAUGGAUUAUCAACAAAGGACUCUCUCCUGGGUCAGAUACCGUUAUAUUCCUCGGGAUACACCGAUCAGUUAAGACACUACUCCAACGCGGCCACAUAUGGAGCAGCCAACAUGCAGGAGAAGGUUUACCCGGCUUCCUACUACCAGCAGACGGGCGCAGCUGCCGCGGCCAUCUACGGGAGGGCCGGCGGCGGAGCGCCCUGCGACUACAACCCGGUCGGGACUUUCUACAAGGACGCGGAUGGCUCGUGCGCUUUCUCGAGUCACCGCGACGACCAGCCGCUGUUUGUCACGCAGGAGCAGCGCAAAGUGGAUUGCUCGGAGCACACUGUCAGCAUGAGCGGCAGCAGCAUCGACGACAAGUCCUCCACCCUCAUCUACCCGUGGAUGCAGAGGAUGAACGCCUGCUCCGCCGACACACCACUACAGAUUUCAGCAUUCUCAGGUCCAUUUGGCAACAGUGGCCGCAGGGGCCGACAGACCUACACCCGCUACCAGACUCUGGAGCUGGAGAAGGAGUUCCACUUUAACCGCUACCUGACCAGGAGGCGCCGGAUAGAGAUCUCCCACGCCCUGUGUCUGACGGAGAGACAGAUCAAAAUCUGGUUUCAGAACCGCAGGAUGAAGUGGAAAAAGGAGAACAAACUCCUGAACCCCUCAAAGACACCCGAGGAGGAGGAACAGGCGGAGAAGAAGAGCUAAAGGACACCCUCCUACAAAUAAAAAUGUAUUUCUUUGUAGAUAAAGUGCUGCAAAUCCCAUGUUAGAGACGUGUAGGGUGAUAGACUGUAUUUCAGUUUCUGCACGGUGAUAAUGUCUGCAUUAGGUUGCCAUCAGGUCCUCCUCUGUUUGUCCUUGUGCUCGUGUUUAUUUAGGGGACUAUUCAAAACCCGCCAAAAUGUAAAUACUUUUUUAGUGUUUUAGUUUUUGACAAUGUUGUUACCUCAUUAUCGUAGGCCUACUGAGUUUUAUUAUUAUUUGUAUGACAUUAAAAGAAGCUUUGGUCCUUCAUUGUACAUCUUGUGGUGUUAGUUGUCCUAUAAUAAUAAUAAUAAUAAUAAUACUUCUAAUAAUAAUAAUAGUCUUGCUGUUUACAGCUGUGCCAUCAACACUUAACAUUUGUACAGAUACAAAAAAAUGUUACAUGUUAUUUAUUGUCGUUCACCUUGUGGUCAAUGCACAUCUGGAUAUUGUGUGCAAUAUUUUGUUUAGGAAAUUGUACAUAGA